AUGAUUUAUCUACUACUUGAAAGUAUUCAUGCAAAAUUCUCCUCUAUGUCGUUUGGAAUGGAUGAUAAAGUCGAUCGAAUUAUUAGAAAGACAACAAUAUUUAUCAUUCUUGUUGGAUCUGUAGUUAUUGCAUCGAACAGAUAUUUUGGAAUUCCAAUAUCAUGUUCAACAACGGAAUUGCCAAGUGCAAUUACUCAACAUUGGAUAGAUACAUUAUGUUGGCUUAAUGACAAGGAACGUGGUCCUGUUCAAAUUGUUGGAAAUAAUCGUCUUAAAAUUUCCACAAGCUUUUAUCAAUUCACAGUCGAAACUUUAAUUAUAACAGCAUUCGUAUUAUCCAUACCGGGUCACGUGUGGAGAGCUAUAUUGGGUAGCUCCGGCUAUAAAUUAAAACGAGUUGCAGCACAUAUAGCAGCAGCUAAAGAAGCAACUGGGUGCGAACGAACAACUUACAUCAAAGAACUAGCUAAUGGGUUACAAACAACUCGUCGUUAUCAUCGUUUACAUUGGAAUUUCGAUCAACUGUUUCGUAAACGAUUAAAUAAUUUAGAGUCAGUAUUUCCUUCUAGUAUCCUUUUAUAG